CUGUAUGCAUCUUUGCAAAAGCCAUUGAUCGAUCCAUUCAUUGGCAGUACAAGCAGAUCGAAGCUGUACGAUUGAGGUUGAGCUUGCCUUAGCUAUCACCUUCAUUCUAACAUCAAGAGACAUGAAGGAUCUAGUUAGUGGCGCCUCAACUGUGAGGAGUGUCCUUAGCUGCAGUAGCAGCGAUGAAGAGCAAGAAGCUGCUGCAGCUCAGCCGGAGGAGAGCACCUGGACCGACUACUUCGUGGAUUUCAUGAUGUCCGAGGAGGAGAAGAAGAGGCAAGAAGACGAUGCUUCAUACUGCACCCAUGGCGACGGCGGAGACGGCGCCGUCGUCUAUGGUGAUUGCAGCGAUCAGAAGGUGGAUCAGGAGGAGGAAGAAGAAGGGGAGGAGGAUUCCAUGAUCUCCGACGCCGCCUCCUGCGCCCCCGCGGCGGCGGCGGCGCUGCCUGAUAGGUACAGGGAGCUGAGGAAGCUCAAGAAGAAGGUCUUCAAGGCCCUGGAUCAUGAUGACUCCCUGGAGGACACUGCAAGCUCUCCUGUGAAUAGCCCUAAGGUCAGUGCUUUGUCACAGCUGGAAUUGAGCCCUAAAAGGAGGUGCAAUAUCAGGGACCUAACCAAGGGGGUUGCGGUUUGCGAUGAUCAUGGAAGAGAGAUGGACUAUGGAGAAGCAAUGGUAGAGGGGGUGGGGUUUGUUGAUCAAAGUCAGAAGAGUAUAACUCCAUGUGCAGAGCUAAAGGAUAAGGGGCUUUGUUUGUUUCCUUUGUCCAUGUUGCUACACUACCAUGGAUGAAUUUAAGACUUCAAUGUAGAGCAUGUGUAGGGUUUAUUACACCUUACAUAUGAAUGUGUGGGAUAAAUGACCAAAGAAUAUAGUGUGCUGAGAUUACUGUGGAUA